AUGCAAAUUUUGAGAUUACUUUGCAAAUCGACAUACAUAAAACCAAUCCCAAGAAUUGUGUCACCUACUACAUUCAGAAGAUCGAUGUCAGUCAGUACUAUUACUCAAGAGUUAUCCAAAUUAGGUUUGAACCAACCAAAGCCAGCAAAGGAUACCUAUCCUGAUUACAAUGUCGUUGAUGUAUUUAGAAACUACAUUGGUGAUGAGUUAAGUCGUAUUUCUGGAAUUGAAAAAGACAUCAUUGUUCAAGCUUUGGAUACUCCAAAGUUGCUUGAUCAAGGUGAUCUUAUUGUACCAAUCCCCAAGUUGAGAUUAAAAGGUGUUAACCCAUCAGAAAAAUCCAAAGAAUGGGCUGAAAAGUUCAAUAAGAGUAAAUUUAUCAGCGAUCUUGUACCACAAGGUGUUUUUCUUCAAUUUUUCUUCAACAAGUCGGUUCUUUUCGAUUUGGUCAUUUCUGAUGUUUUGAAAAGAAAAACUGAUUAUGGAUAUUUACCCUUGGGAGUCGGAAAGAAAGUUGUUGUAGAAUUUUCAUCCCCAAAUAUUGCCAAACCAUUUCAUGCUGGUCAUUUGAGAUCAACAAUUAUUGGUGGGUUUGUUUCAAACUUGUAUGAAAAGAUUGGUUGGGAUGUUACAAGAAUCAAUUACUUGGGAGAUUGGGGCAAACAAUUUGGUUUAUUAGCUAUUGGAUUUGAAAGGUAUGGAUCUGAGGAAGAAUUGGCAAAGGAUCCAAUUAACCAUUUGUUUGAGGUUUAUGUGAAGAUUAACAACGAUGUUAGAAAUGAGACCAGUGAAGCUACUGGUGAGGCUCAAGAAGGAGCUAUUGAUGCCUCAGAGCAAGAUGAAAAAAAGAUUCAGUCUUCCACCAAUGAACAAGCAAGAGCCUUCUUUAGAAGAAUGGAAGAUGGGGACGAAGCUGCGUUAAAAAUAUGGGAAAGAUUUAGAGAUCUUUCUAUUGAGAAAUAUGUCGACACUUAUGCACGUCUUAAUAUUGUUUACGAUUACUAUUCUGGUGAAUCACAAGUUCCACAACAAAAGAUGAAAGAUGCCACCAAAUUGUUUGAAGAAAAGGGUUUGGUACAUGUUGAUCGUGGAGCUAAGUUGAUUGACUUGAGUAAAUUCAACAAGAAAUUGGGCAAAGCCUUAGUGGAAAAAUCCGAUGGUACGUCUCUCUAUUUGACUAGAGAUGUUGGUGAAGCUAUCAAACGUUAUGAAACUUACAAGUUUGAUAAAAUGAUUUAUGUUGUUGCUUCGCAACAAGACUUACAUUGUGCUCAAUUUUUCGAAAUUUUGAAACAAAUGGGCUUUGAUUGGGCUCAAAAUUUGGAACAUAUAAAUUUCGGUAUGGUUCAAGGAAUGUCAACUCGUAAAGGUAACGUUGUGUUUUUGGACAACAUCCUUCAAGAAACUAAAGAGAAAAUGCAUGAUGUCAUGAAGAAGAAUGAAGACAAAUAUAAGCAAAUUGAAGAUCCAGAAAAGAUUGCCGAUUUGGUUGGUAUCUCAGCGGUUAUGAUUCAAGAUUUCCAAUCCAAACGUAUUUUGAACUAUGAAUUCAAAUGGGAUCGUAUGACUUCAUUUGAAGGUGACACUGGCCCGUAUUUGCAAUACGCUCAUUCACGUUUAUGCUCUAUGCAAAGGAAAAACGACAUUACUGAGAAAGAGUUGGAGUCAGCCAACUUUGACUUGUUAGUGGAACCCUGCGCUGCUUCAUUGAUUAGAACAUUAGCUCAAUACCCAGACACUAUCAGAAGAGCUACCAAGAAUAUGGAACCAUCAACCAUUGUAACAUACUUGUUUACAUUGACCCAUAUUGUUUCUCAAUGUUAUGAUAUUUUGUGGGUCUCAGGCCAAGAAAAGGAAUUGGCUGUAGCUAGGUUGGCCUUGUACGCAGCGACUAGACAAGUCAUUUAUAACGGUAUGACUUUGUUAGGUCUUACGCCUGUUGAAAGAAUGUAA